AUGGCUGCAAGUUCUGCCCCAGCAGCUUCGCUAUUGAAGCGACAGCUCAAAGAGAUGCAGGCUGGUAAGGAUAUUCCUGGCAUCUCAUGCGGCCUCGUCAAUGACAACAACAUUUUCGAGUGGGAAGUUAUGCUCAUGAUUAGCGAUGACUGCAAGUACUACGGCGGAGGCAACUUUCGAGCCCGUCUAUCGUUCCCGCCGAGCUAUCCUCACAUGCCUCCCUCUCUUACCUUCCAGGACCCGAUUCCCUUCCACCCAAACAUCUACGAGAACGGCAAGCUGUGCAUCUCCAUCCUCCAUCCUCCCGAGGAAGACGAGUACGGCUACGAAGCUGCUUCCGAACGCUGGAGUCCUGUCCAGACGCCUGAGACGAUUCUGCUCAGCACUAUCAGUCUCUUCCACAGCCCCAACGACGAGAGCCCUGCCAACGUCGAGGCUGCGCGCAUGCUGCGUGAGGAGAGAGAGGGCAAGCACAAGGAUUUCCGAAGACGUUGCAGGAAGUGCGUGAGGGAGAGCUUGGGAGAGGAUUAG